AUGCCGGGAAUAACAGAGCACCACCUUGAUGUCACAGACUCCCGCACGGGAAAGUCUUAUACAAUCCCAAUACAAGGAGAUUAUAUUCGUGCUGUUGAUGUUGCCCGAAUUGGUGCUCCGGAUAGUAAAGAAGACCUAGCUACCUCUUUGAAGGCUCGUCCACUCCAUAUCAUCGACAAUGGCUUUCAAUAUACAGCUUGCAUGGAGUCAAGCAUCACUCACAUUGAUGGCGUGCGCGGCACUAUUCGAUACCGGGAUUUUCCCAUCGAGAGUCUAUUCCACGAAUACGUUUAUGAAGACAUCAUGCACCUCAUUAUCUGGGGCAGCAUUCCCACUCAGCAACAAAAAGAUCAUGUCCGAGAGGUCAUGAGCAAUGCUAUGAACCCGUCUCAAAGCGUUAAGGAUGUUAUCUCAUCAUUCCCCCGCGAUGCGGAGACGUUCCCCAUGAUCAUCGCUGGAAUGAGCGCUUUUGCUGCUAGCGACAGCGUUAUCUGCAAGACGCGUCACCAGCAGAGCGCUAUGUUUCACGGACACCUCGACGUGGCCGACGAGGCCCUCGCACGAACGAUUGCGUAUCUUGCAGCCACAAUCUCGCUCGUCUAUUGCCACAAGAACGAAAAGCAAUGGAACGCCCCCGAACCAAACAAGUCGUUACUCCAGAACCUGCUCCUGAUGAUGGGUAUCACAGAUCCUCAAGUAGAGAGGUGCUUGGCCAAGCUAUGGAUCUUAUACGCGGACCACGAGAUGACCAACUCAACCGCUGCCGUGCUACACGCCGGAUCGACGCUCAUCGACCCGGUAUCGGCGGUGACGGCCGGGAUUAUCUGCGGAUACGGACCGUUACACGGCGGCGCGAUCGAUCUGGCGUACGAGGCGUUCAGGCAGAUCGGCACGGCGGAGCGCGUUCCACCAUUUAUCGAGCGCAUCAAGGCCAAGGGCGGGCGGCUGUUCGGCUACGGACACCGUGUGUAUAAGACGCGGGACCCCCGCGUCGCGCUUAUCGAAGAGCUUCUAGAGGAGCAUCAAGAUGCCGUCGAUGCUAACCCCCUUUUACGCGUGGCCAUGGCCAUCGACAAGUACGCCAACCAAGACGCCUACUUUAUCGAGAGAGGCCUCAAGGCAAAUGCCGACCUGAUGGGCUGCUUCCUCUAUACUGCCAUGGGUUUUGACACUGACAUGAUCAUCGCUAUCACCAUCCUCUCGAGGACUCCCGGCGCGCUGGCUCACUGGCGCGAAAGCCUGACACAACCGGUGAAGUUGUGGCGACCACAGCAGAAAUACGUAGCACCACUGGCGAACUAG